AUGGCGCCUGCUGCUGGAGCUAAGAAGCAAAAGAAGAAGUGGUCGAAGGGCAAGGUCAAGGACAAGGCUCAGCACGCCGUCCUUCUUGACAAGACCACAUCCGAGAAGCUCUACAAGGAUGUCCAGUCCUACCGUCUGGUCACCGUCGCCACCCUCGUCGACAGAAUGAAGGUCAACGGUUCUCUGGCUCGCAAGUGCCUCGCUGACCUCGAGGAGAAGGGCCUUAUCAAGCCCGUUGUCACCCACAGCAAGAUGAAGAUCUACAGUAUGCACCACACUGAUAAGCCACUCGACAUGCCCGAGAUUCAGAGAGAUGCAAGAAUGAAAUGCUGA